AUGAAGGAGUAAGGCUGUAGGAGCAGGGGAAUAAGAAAAAGAGAAGCAGAAAUGAUAAAAGGCUCACCGACCCUACUCUUCGCCACAAACAAGGACAUCCGCUUGGCAAAUGUCUCUCGUUCGAACAAGGUCGUAUCGACGAUCGUCAAAGACCUGUCGGAGAGCGUCACCCUCGAUUUCUAUUACGAACGCAGCCUCGUAUGUUGGUCGGACAGCGCCCUUGAGAUGAUACAAUGCGUUCGCACGAACGGCACAUACACGCAGGAGCCAAUAACCGUGGUGAACUCGAGUCUGAUCUCGCCGGACGGCUUAGCCUGCGACUGGUACACGGGGAAGCUCUACUGGACGGACGGGGAGAAGAACCGGAUCGAAGUGACGAGUAUUGACGGCCGUCACCGGAAAGUUCUCUUCUGGACGGAGAUUUAUCAACCUCGGGCGAUCGCCCUUGUCCCGAUGAAAAGCAUAUUCUUCUGGACGGACUGGGGCGACGUGCCGAAGAUCGAGCGAGCCGCUAUGAACGGCGAGCCCAGUUCAAGAAGCGUCGUCGUGUCGGAUGAUAUAUUCUGGCCCAAUGGGCUCACCAUCGAUUAUGAGAAUGAUCUCGUCUACUGGGUCGAUGGAAGGCACAAGUUCAUCGAGGUAAUGGACUAUUAUGGACGAAACCGUCGAAAAAUCGUAAGCGACGGCCUCGAGUAUCCAUUCGCCAUAACGUACUUCGACCAGCGUCUCUACUGGACGGACUGGCGCACCUGGUGCAUUCAUGCCCUGGAUCUAAGGCCGACGAACGCCCGACCCCGUGAUAUCUUUCACGGUGAAUACAUACCCGGUGAUAUCGAGGUGUGGGACCCGAGGAGGCAGCCGCCAGCAGUCAAUAAUCCAUGCAAGUUCAAUAACGGCAACUGCUCGCACCUCUGCCUUUUGAGCCCCAAGGCCCCGGGCUACAGUUGUGCCUGUCCCACUGGCGUUAAGCUCGUGGAUAAUUACAAUUGCGCCAAGGGACCCCAGGAGCUGCUGCUCAUCGUCCAGAGAAACGAGAUCAGCAUGAUAUCCCUCGACUCGCCGGAUUACACAAACUUCGUUCUACCUCUUAUUGGCAUUAAGCACGCCAUCGCCAUUGACUUUGACCCCAUCGACGAGAUGUUUUAUUGGACCGACGAACAAGCUCACGUUAUUAGAAGAGCUUACCUAGAUGGUUCCGGUCAAGAGGAUAUUUUAACGAGCGAAGUGAAGAGCGCCGAUGGAAUAGCAGUCGACUGGAUAGCCCGGAACUUGUACUGGACGGACACGGGCACCGAUCGUAUCGAAGUUGCACGCCUGAACGGCACCAGCAGAAAAGUCCUGAUUCACGAAGACCUCGGCGAGCCGAGAGCUAUAGCUCUUGCGCUUGAGCUUGGCUGGAUGUUCUGGACGGACUGGGAUGACAAGAGGCCAAAGAUCGAACGGAGCAAUUUGGAUGGCAGCGAAAGAACUUUGCUAAUCACCAAGGAUAUCGUCUGGCCGAACGGCAUUGCUUUGGAUCUUGAAAGAAAAAAAGUUUACUGGUGCGAUGCCAAGACCGAUAAAAUUGAGGUCUGUAAUAUGGAUGGCACCGAUCGUCGAGAAGUGAUUACGGAGAAUCUGCCUCACCUGUUUGGAUUCAGUUUACUCGGAGAUUUUCUGUACUGGACGGAUUGGCAGAGACGAAGCAUCGAUCGAGCCCACAAAUUAACGGGUGGCGAGAGAGAAAUUAUCGUCGAACAGUUUCCCAAUGUUAUGGGACUCAAAGCUGUACAUCGUGGAACGCCCAACGGCACUAAUCCCUGCGCAAAGAACAAUGGUGGAUGUAGUCAUCUAUGUUUAAAUCGGCCAUGGGAUAAGUACGUGUGCGCUUGCCAAAUUGGUUACGAGCUUACCAAAGAUAUGAAGACUUGCGUUGUGCCAGAGGCAUUUCUCCUUUUCACGAGAAAAGACAAAAUUCGCAGAAAUAGUAUUGAAAAUGCGAAUAAUGACAAUAUCAUACCAAUUACAGGAAUCAAGGACGCAAGCGCCCUUGAUUUCGAAAUAUCCGAUAAUCGGCUCUACUGGACGGAUGUUAAGCUAAAAAGUAUAACUCGUGCCUUUAUGAACGGUUCAGAGGUUGAGAAAGUGGUAGAUCUCGGCUUGGAAACACCAGAUGGUUUGGCGAUAGAUUGGAUAGCACAUAAUCUUUAUUGGAGUGACACGGGGACACGAAGAAUCGAGAUUGUCCACCUCGAGGGUUACAGCCGUAGAGUACUCAUUUGGCAAGAUCUUAUCGAGCCGAGAUGCCUCGCACUCGAUCCCGAAAGAGGAUUCUUCUAUUGGACAGAAUGGGGUAAUACCGGUAGCAUAGAACGAGCUUGGUUGGAUGGAACACAUCGACAGAUCAUUAUAUCCGACAUUGGUCGCACCAAUGGAUUGACCAUAGAUCACGAAGCUCGUCGUCUAUAUUGGGCCGAUCUUUUCACCCCUGCCAUCGAUAGUUACGACUUAAUAACGAAAAAACGCAGGCCUAUCAUCACCGAAAAAAUCGGCUAUCCAUUCAGCAUUACGCAAUACGAGGACUAUAUUUAUUGGACAGAUUGGAAUACGGGGGAUAUAGAGCGAGCCAAUAAAACAACCGGAGGAAAUCGAACUAAAAUUCAUGGCAAUUUAGAGUCAGUUACGGAUCUUUCGGUUUGCCACAAAUCCAGGCAACCUGGUUGGAACACCUGCGGCAGUAACAACGGCGACUGUAGCCACUUGUGUAUAGCCUUACCCGGCAAUGCCGGUGCUUUUUCAAAGAAUCACAAGUGCGCCUGCCCCACCCAUUACAAUCUUGCUCCCGAUAAUAGAACAUGUAUCGCCCCGAAGAACUUCAUGGUAUACAGCUUCCGUAAUGUCAUGGGACGAUUACUGCCGGACACAUACGACUGCCCGGACAUAACUCUUCGCGUCCAGGGCUUGAAGAACGUGCGCGCUAUAGAGUUUGAUCCAAUAAGUCAGUACAUAUAUUGGAUACGCACGGGUGACGGUCGAAGCUCGUCGAUUAGAAAGGCUUUGGAGAAUCGUACCCACGCGGUGGUCGUUUUACCGGGGGGCACGGGCCACCCGUUCGACUUGGCUCUCGAUCCGCUGGGUCGCUUACUGUUCUGGUCCUGCUCGAUGAACGACGCAAUCAACGUUACGAGGCUUGACAGCGACUCGACGAUCGGCGUUGUUGUCAAGGGCGAGGGCGAGAAGCCGAGAAAUAUCGCCCUACAUCCGGAAAGGAGACUGCUUUUCUGGACGGACAUCGGCGAGAAGAUGCGCGUUAUGCAGAGUUUGAUGGACGGGAAAGAGAGAGUCGUUAUUGCGUCGGAUCUCGAGUCACCGACGAGCUUAGCCGUUGACACAUCCGCGAACCUCGUCUACUGGGCUCACGGCCGGCAGAUCGAAUUUGCCGAGCUCGAUGGAGCCAAUCGACGCAUCCUCCUCGCAGCUAUUCAAGGAUCUCUCGUGCAUCUUUCCGUGCUCUUCGAUUACGUUUACUGGUUCGACCGUGACAGUCAAGUCGUCGAGCGGGUAGAGAAGACCACGGGUUCCGGAAGAAAAGUUGUGAUGAGCAAUCGAGCUCUCACGGAUUUGGUAUCCGUGCGAAUGCCCAGCAAUUUGGCGAUGGAGUCGAACGUGUGUAGUCCGCUCCACGAGUACGGCGGCUGUUCGCAUAUUUGCAUUGGAGGGGGCGCGAGCUCCAGAUGCUCCUGUCCUCAAUCGCUCGUACUCGCCGAUGAUGGCAAAAAUUGCAGAGUUGCUCCAACUUGCGGAGCCGACCAUUUCACAUGCCUUAGCUCCAAGACCACUGACUCAAAGGACUGCAUCCCGGCCACCUGGAAAUGCGAUGGACAGCGAGAUUGCGCAGACGGCAGCGACGAGAUUGGUUGUCCGCCUUGCAAUCGGGACAUGUACUUUGAGUGUCACAAUGGCCAUUGCAUCGACAACGCAUGGGUGUGCGACGGUACAUCGCAGUGCAGCAACGGUGAAGACGAGAUCAACUGUUGCCGUCCGGGCCAAUUUCGAUGUACGACCUCGGGCGUCUGCAUCUCAGCAGCGGCACUCUGCGACGACUGGGAGAACUGCGCGGACGGCAGCGACGAGUCAGCUCCAGCCUGCGCCUCGGCCAACAACCACCGUCAGGCUGUUGACCCGAGCCUCGAUUCCGGCAAGAGCACCUACGUCGUCGCCGUACUCGUCGUCAUGGCUGCGACCGUCCUCGUCGUCCUCGGUUUCUAUUACUGCAGACGCCGCCUCGCCGGCAAUGAGGACCUCCCUGAUAUACUUCACGAUUCAGCGGGUGACCCACUCUCGCCCAAAAGCUGCAGAAUGGCCAAACCGAUGCUCGCUCAAAAAAACGCGAGGAAGGACCUCAAGCCGGGAAUGGCUGUCAGGAUGUCGACUCUCAAUGGCAGUAGUAUUAGCUCAAGCUACGAUCGGAGCCACAUAACAGGUUUUUCCUACUGUGCAUCGAGCUCGACUCACGGCAGCUCGGCCGGCGGUUACCCCCAAGAGACGCUCAACCCGCCACCGAGUCCCGCAACUACGGCCAACUCCACCCGCUGCUCGAGUAGCAAUGCUUCCCGAUAUCGGCCCUACCGCAACUAUCGGAGUAUCAACCAGCCGCCACCCCCGACGCCCUGCAGUACGGACGUGUGCGACGAGUCCGACAGCAACUACCCAGCGAUACCGAGGUUCAGGUACGGACAUGCUGGAGAGCCCUUUCCGCCACCGCCGACCCCGAGGUCGGUAUACCAGAGCGACACGGCAAUCAGCUGCCCGCCGUCGCCGAGCUCGAGGUCGUCGACCUACUUCAGUCCCUUACCGCCGCCUCCAUCGCCUGUACCUUGAAUCAGCCGCUUCGGACGACGACUCCUCCUCCUCCUCCUUGGGCGAGCCGUCCUCCGAGUGGCGCCAGACUCUCGAGGAGCAAGAGAGGCCGUAUUGAGUUUUAACUCUUCAUGUUGUUUAUUACUGUCCUUAAGCCACGAUAUCCUAGAGCAAUAUUUUCUUACUGAUGAUAAUAUUAGCAGCUGAGACAAAGGCUUCUUAUUUAUCCAAUAGUCUUAGUAAAGCGAUUUAGACACCUAAGCUCACAUGUAUAUAUAGAACUCUUGUAAAUUAUGCGUAAAAUUUCCAUUAGCAACGUUUCAAAGAUAAAAUUAUUGCCGUAAUGCGAGCUUAAAAUUGUCAUAAAUGGCAUGGUAUUGCCAUUUGAUAAGUGCAAAUAUUCGAUUAAUAAGUUAACUAAUAAAGCCCGUGUACAAAGUUUGAAAGCCAUUGUGCCUAAAUACGAUCGUGGCUACUUCCACGGUCACUUGUAAAUAAAAAAGUGCGACUGUGCAAUGCUUAAUGAGAGACAAAAGAGAGUGACUGAUUGUAAAAGUGUAUAAUAGAAGAACAACAAUGUGUACAUGACAUAAUAUUAUUAUUUAACCAAUAAGUGAAUUCGAUUCCAAAAUGUUUUGCUCGAUUUUAUCGUUAAUCCGAAUACUUAUUUAAGACUAAAAAACUGCAAAUUCAAAUUAUAUUUAUAUUUCUAACUAUUGUUUCCGCCUAUACAUUACAUAUCUUUAGGUCAGAUUUGAAAAACGAUGUCCCAUAUAUAAUACAGAAUUAGGUUGAUAAUAAUCGUAUUCGGUAUUGGUGGAAAGUCGCUCCUUGCAAUUUUAACAAAUUUUACAUCAUCUAAUUCGUAAUCCUUCCGCUACGCAUGAACUUGAACAUCAAUAAUGGAUAUUAAAAUACCUUGUUCUUUAUUUCCCAUUAACCCCUUAUUUGAACAUUUUUACAGAGUUACGUUUAUGUUACAUUACGAAAAAGCGUGCAAAAGAGCUGAUGGGCGCAGUAACAUAUACAUUUAAUUCUAUUCGAGCGAGGUUUCUUUUUUUUUUUUAAUCGAAUACAUUUCUUAAUGCAUAACGAACAAAGCAAAGAACAAAUGGGCAGAAAAUUUAAUUACAAGUCUUUAAUUUAAUCUGUA